AGUCGGCGCCCCGCUUUCGGCUUUUCCCCAAUUCAUCAUCUAGCUAGCCCACCGGAACAACCAAUUUGGAAGCUGCUUAGCUGUGUGGUAUUGGUACUGUGGCCUUUUCCGAUGGAGCGAGCGGCGGCGGAGGUGGAGAUGGAGGCGGCCGGCGACGACGUGCACACGCCCCACUCGGCGCCGUCAACGGCGUCGUCGGCCAGGGUGUCGAUCUGGGAGUCCGUGCGCGCGUGCGGGCUCUGGGGCAAGGACGUGGACAAGGCCGAGCUGCGCCGGCGGGUCGUCAUGCCGCUGUACGCGCGCCGCGCGGUCGCCGCGGCCGUGAAGGAGAAGAGCGAGCCCGCCGGCGUCGCGGCUGCCGCGGCGGCCAAGGAGGAGGGGGAAGGGGACGCGGCGGUGGUCACGCCGAUGGUGGUGUUCGUCAACUCCAAGAGCGGCGGCCGGCACGGGCCCGAGCUCAAGCUGCGCCUGCACGAGCUCAUCAGCGAGGAGCAGGUCUUCGAUCUUUCUGAUGUGAAGCCUUCUGAUUUUAUUCGCUAUGGCUUGGGUUGUUUGGAGAGGUUGGCUGAGAGAGGUGAUAAUUGUGCAAAGAACAUCCGUGGAAAUUUGAGGAUUAUGGUUGCUGGGGGUGAUGGCACAGUUGGUUGGGUACUUGGAUGUCUCCAAGAGCUUAACAAGUUGAAAAGGGAGCCAGUUCCUCCCACAGGAAUCAUCCCACUUGGUACAGGAAACGACCUUGCUAGAUCGUUUGGAUGGGGUGGCUCAUUUCCCUUUGGUUGGCGUUCAGCUGUAAAGCGCUAUCUCAGCAAGGCAGGGGCUGCUCCCAUCGUCCAUCUUGACAGUUGGCAGGCUGUGAUCACGAUGCCAGAAGGACAAAUAGACGAGUUGCCACAUGCACUUAAGAAAGUGGAACCUGCAGAUCAUUUGGAGUUUAACAAGGAGAAUGGCAUCAAGCUACCUGAAAAAGCUUCUUCUUAUAAAGGAGUAUUCUACAACUACCUUAGCAUUGGGAUGGAUGCUCAAGUUGCAUACGGGUUCCACCACCUACGAAAUGAGAAGCCAUAUCUUGCUCAAGGACCAGUUGCAAAUAAGAUGAUUUACGCUGGAUAUAGCUGCACGCAGGGAUGGUUCUGCACACCUUGUACAGCCAGUCCUCAGCUAAGGGGACUUAGGAAUAUUUUACGGCUUUACAUUAAGAGGGCAAAUUGUUCCGAAUGGGAGCAAGUUCAGAUGCCAUCAAGUGUUAGGUCCCUAGUGAUCUUAAAUUUGAGAAACUACAGCAGUGGAAGGCAUCCAUGGGGUGAUCUUAAACCAGAUUAUCUUGAAAAGAGAGGUUUUGUUGAAGCUCAUUCGGAUGAUGGCUUGGUUGAAAUAUUUGGUCUGAAACAAGGCUGGCAUGCUUCAUUCGUUUUGGCUGAGCUUAUCAAUGCAAAGCACAUUGCUCAGGCUGCAGCUAUCAAGUUAGAAAUGAGGGGUGGCGAGUGGGAUCGAGCAUAUGUUCAAAUGGACGGAGAGCCUUGGAAACAACCACUCAUCCAGGAUCAAUCAACUACUGUGGAAAUAAACAAAGUUCCUAGUCAUUCUCUCAUGAUUAAUGGGGAUUCAUGAUAUUUUCUUGUGUUAAUCAGGGUUACAAUCUAGAUCGUUAGACUAUGUACAGUUUAGGAGCAGCAUGAGCCAGAUUCUUAUAGAUGGCUCAGCUGCAGCCAGGAAUGUAUGUUUAUUGGCUCUUAUCAUGCCAUGGUCGGAUCAUGGUAUUUGCACAAUCUGCCACCAUGUACUGUUGUAUCAUGUAAGUUAUGUUGUAUCCUAGCUCCUUUCGAGAGAGAAACAAAUUUAACUUGCUUUGUAUUGUAAUUUUUUCUCUCUGGAAAACAACCUUGUGAAAAACAGUGUAAGCUGUAACUUUGUUUUCUGUUCAAUUCAACAAUUCUUCCCCCGUGGGACA